AUGCCUCCCAAGAAGGUCACCGCGUCCAAGAAGGCGGCUCCUGCUACUCACACUUCCUACCGUGAUAUGAUCAAGGAUGCUAUUGUCAGCCUCAAGGAGCGCAAUGGUAGCAGUCGUCAGGCUAUCAAGAAGUACGUGCAGUCUAAUAACAAGAUCAACGUCACUUCCCAGAGUGUCUUCGACUCUCAGUUCAACAAGGCUAUCAAGGCCGGCGUUGAGAAGAAUGAAUUCACCCAGCCCAAGGGCCCCUCGGGACCCUUGAAGCUUGCAAAGAAGGAUGCCCCAGUCAAGGCUGCUGCUAAGCCUGCCUCGAAGCCCGCUGCUAAGCCCGCCGCCAAGGCUGUUCCUAAGAAGGCUGCCCCUAAGGCUACCACUACCAAGAAGACCGCUCCUAAGAAGGCCGCUCCUAAGAAGGCCGCCACCAAGGAGACUGCUCCCGCAAAGGCUGCCCAGAAGGGACCCAAUGUCAAGAGGGCUCCUGCUGCUAAGAAGACAGCCACCAAGCCCAAGGCUAACUCUGGCAAGGUCCGCAAGACUCCCGCCGCCGCUCCUGCUAUCAUCGAGCAGCCCAAGAUUCUGGGAAAGACCAAGUCUGGUCGUAUCACCAAGAACACCGCCCCGCCACCAACCCGGGCAGCUCCCAAAAAGCGGGCAGCUAAGAAAUAG